AUGGGUUGCUGUGGUAGCACCGACAGAGCUUCUUCGUCUUCUCAAAAGCACCAGUCAAGAUCUGAGUCCGCACAUGAAAGCAGAGCACCACCUCCGUCAGCUGAAGAAGAAACUGUCAAGGAAGUUCUCUCUGUAACUCCUAAACCUAAACCAACACCAACACCACCCACGACGAACAUCCCCAAUAACCCUAACGAAGAAGAAAGCCAGGAAUGCAAGAAAAAUUGGGUUGAACCAAUAUUGCUAGACAAGGUCAAAGAAAGCAGAGGCUGCAAGGUUGAGCAGGGGUUGCAAGAGGUCUCUGAAGUUUCAGAGAUCUGCAGCUCCUGCUUGAGCUUGAGCGAGAGUGUCUCCACCACAAUUACUGAUAAGAGAGAUGAUGAGGAUGAGGUGAGGCAGAGAGUGACUAGAUCUCCGUCCAAAAUGGCAUCCAGAAACGGGUAUCCCGGCGAUUUUGGACCAAAGCGAGAGCGGGUCGUGGGCAGGUCACCCAACCGAAGAUCCGAAAACUCACCCGCCAAAAGAAACGGUGCCAUCGGUGGUGGGUCAGUGAGGAUGGUUCACAGUAGGGAAGUGGGUCAAUUGGGAAGAGGAGGAUCAAGGCCCGAUCCAAGAAGGAGGGAUCCGGGUGAGAGCUCUGGGAGGAGGACAGGAUUUGGUGCUGCAGCUGCUAAUAGAUCCAAAAUGAGUCGAAGCCCGUCUACAAGGAGGACGAAUCGAUCUCCGGGUCGGGUCAGAUUGGAUCCGGCCGUGAAUGGGGGAAGGAAUGUGGAGGAAAACAGUGUGGAUGGUAAUAAGCGGCCGAGUAGUACAAAUAGUGAUGCUACUGCAAAUGAAUCUCUUGAAAACCCACUUGUGUCCUUGGAAUGUUUCAUCUUUCUCUAG